AUGGCCUUCUUUGAAAACUCUAGGGGAGGUUUUCAUAGAAUUGGAUGUACUGAGAACGAUGUGAGAAAUUAUGAAAGAGAUUUGAGAGAGGAGAGGCGUGGUCAUGAUGCACAAAUGAUGUUGGAUCAUUUCAAGUCGGAACAAGAGAAGAAUCCUUCGUUUUUUUAUGUUUAUGAAGUUGAUGACGAGAAGCGCUUAACUCAUUGUUUUUGGGUGGAUGGCAUUGCUCGAAUGAAUUAUCAACACUUUGGCGAUGUUGUCUCCUUCGAUGCCACGCAUAACACAAAUCAAUAUGGCUUAGUAUUUGUGCCAUUUGUAGGCAUAAAUCACCAUUGGCAAAGUGUUUUUUUAGGAUGUGGCUUGAUCCCAAAUGAAGAGGCGAAGUCUUUCGUAUGGUUGUUCAACAAGUGGAUUGAAGCAAUGGGUUAUCCUCCUUCAGGCAUGAUUACAGAUCAAUGUCUUGGCAUAUGCAAGGUAAUUGAAACAGUUUUUCCAGAAAUUCGGCACAGGUUUUGCAUUUGGCAUAUUUUGGACAGAGUUCCGGAUAAGUUGGGUAAAUGGGCGUAUAGAACAGAAUUUAUGAAAUCUUUCAAAGAAAAUAUUUGGGACUCCGAGACGGUUAGCUCUUUUGGAGAGAAUUGGGUUUCAAUUCUUAAGAAAAAUGGGUUGGAAACGCAUGAAUGGCUAAAUGAUAUCUAUGAAAUUCGUGAAAAAUGGGCUCCGGUUUAUCAUAAACAACACUUUUGGGCCGGAAUGUCUAGUAGUCAAAGAAGUGAAGGGAUGAAUGCAAUGCUAAAAAUGCAUGUAUCAAGAAAAAAUUCACUUCAUGAUUUCGUGAUCAUCUUUCAAAGGGUCUUGGCGAGACAAAGAGAGGGGGAGCUUAAAGAAGAUCAUUGCACAGUGGAGAAAAAGCCAAAAUUGAAGACUUAG